UGUGGUUUGUGGUGACACCAUUUAUCGUCUGUGAUUUACAUUUUACAAUUGAUAUUAGAUUUUCUUCAAAUAAUGUUGUAGUUUAUUUAUAUUGGCUUAUUUAAAAUAAUUAUAUUCUUAUCUUGUCAUCAAAUUGUAGGAUAUAUGUGAAACCAUGAGUUUUUCUAUAGACGAAGUGAACUUUCUUGUUUACCGAUAUCUGCAAGAAUCUGGAUUCCAUCAUUCAGCAUAUACGUUUGGUAUCGAGUCUCACAUAUCCCAAAGUAAUAUAAACGGAGCACUAGUGCCGCCCGCCGCUUUAUUGAACAUAUUACAGAAAGGCCUGCAGUAUACAGAAGCGGAAAUUACUAUCGGAGAAGAUGGCACAGAAACUCGUCUUACAGAGAGUCUCAGUCUUAUCGAUGCUGUCACCCCAGAUAUAGUAGCGGCAAGACAAAACGCCCACAAUGCUCAAAAACAGGCAAACAAGGAGCCUGGCUCAGGAGGUGAACAAAACGGUGUGGAUGGUACAACAUGCAAUGCAGCAUCUACAACUGGAGGGGCAGCAACACCUAGUGCUCCUGAAAAUAUGGAUGUGGAUCAAUCUAUAGAAAUACCUGCCAGUAAAGCUACAGUCCUCCGAGGGCAUGAAUCUGAAGUAUUUAUAUGUGCCUGGAAUCCCAGCACAGACCUGCUGGCCAGUGGCUCUGGGGACAGCACUGCAAGAAUAUGGGACAUGUCAGACAAUCCUGCGACUACGCCCAAUCAACUUGUACUAAGACACUGUAUCCAAAAAGGUGGUGCAGAAGUACCUAGUAACAAAGAUGUUACUUCUCUCGAUUGGAAUUGUGAUGGCAAUCUUCUAGCGACUGGCUCGUAUGACGGCUAUGCAAGAAUAUGGACAACUGAUGGCACAUUAGCAUCUACUUUAGGUCAACAUAAAGGACCAAUUUUUGCUUUGAAGUGGAACAAACGUGGGAAUUAUAUUUUGAGUGCUGGUGUAGACAAAACUACAAUAAUAUGGGAUGCUGCAUCGGGACAAUGCACACAACAGUUCUCUUUCCAUGCAGCACCAGCCCUGGAUGUUGACUGGCAAACAAAUAAUUCUUUUGCAUCUUGUUCAACUGACCAAUGUAUUCACGUUUGCAAACUUCAUGUUGACAAGCCAAUAAAAAGCUUCCAAGGGCAUACAAAUGAAGUAAAUGCCAUUAAAUGGGAUCCACAAGGACAAUUGCUAGCUUCAUGUUCAGAUGACAUGACUCUGAAGAUAUGGUCAAUGAAACAAGACACUUGUGUACAUGAUUUGAAAGCUCACUCUAAAGAAAUCUACACAAUCAAAUGGUCUCCCACUGGACCAGGCACACAAAAUCAAAACAUGAAUUUGAUACUAGCAAGUGCAUCGUUCGACUCUACUGUACGUUUAUGGGAUGUAGAAAGAGGAGUAUGUAUUCAUACUCUUACAAAACACACAGAACCCGUCUAUAGUGUUGCAUUUUCACCUGAUGGCAAAUUUCUGGCUAGUGGGUCCUUUGACAAAUGUGUGCACAUAUGGUCAACACAGACAGGAGGUCUUGUACACUCCUACAAGGGUACAGGAGGUAUUUUUGAAGUGUGUUGGAAUUCACGGGGAACUAAAGUAGGCGCAAGUGCUAGUGAUGGGAGUGUUUUUGUAUUAGAUUUACGCAAACUAUAAGUUUUGUAGUGAAUUUUGUGCUAAUUAUAAUAUAUGGCAAUAUUCCACUGAAGUAUGCCUAGUUUUACAUAUUUUAUUUCAAGUAUUAAUGUAAUGCAAAACUUCAUUUUGGCCAUUGUACAAAGAGUGGUAUUAAAAUUUUAAUGGUUUAGAACAAACAAACAAUUGUGGAGUUUAGAAAUAAAAUGUAUUUUAAUAAUAUUAAUGAAAAUAUAACAUGAUCUUGGAUGAGUUUCAAAAAUUUUGGCUGGUGGAAUGCUGUACUUUCGAUCAAAAUCAAGAUUAGAUUUUGCAUAAAAGUGAUGUAUAAAUUUCUUUUACAAAAGAAUAAUUUUUACAAAUUCUUGUAUCAAUUUUUCUUUAUAUAACAACAUGGGAAUGGAUGAAAUAUUAUAUCUAAUUUGUUGCAGUUUUUUUAUUCAGAUUUAAAUUAAUUUAAAUUAGACUACAAUUCAUAUUUUAGACAUAAGAUUAAUAAAAAAAUAUACUGCUGA